ACGGACGUCAGCUUUGCGGGUUCCCUUCUGAAGUUUUGACCAAUUUACGUGCAGUCUUCGUCUCUUUUCUGACGUGGACAUCAGGCUCAAGGAAGAUUUCUGGCUUCACACCGGCGUCAAGAAACAUAAGACAAAAUGCCUGGACCAGCAGCAAGUGCAACCAACGUUGGGGCGUCUAGCCGUUCCCCCAGUAAAACAGUGGCUCCCCGGGCUGCAGGCUCUACAGUCAGGCAAAGAAAAGCAGCCAGCAGCGGCACACGCAGCGGUGGCCGGACCACAGGAUCUGCUGGCACCGGCGGCAUGUGGCGCUUCUACACUGAAGACUCUCCAGGCCUUAAAGUCGGCCCCGUUCCCGUGCUCGUGAUGAGCCUCUUGUUUAUUGCCUCGGUCUUCAUGCUUCACAUCUGGGGGAAGUACACCCGCUCCUAGACCCUCAGCCAAGGACAUCCGGGCCUUUUCGUCUCAGCUUCUUAACUCUUCGGACCUGGACCAAACUACAGACGAACAAGUUUCCUUCAUCGCCGUCACUACAACGCUCAAAUUUGGAUUUUUGUGUCCAUAUUAGUGCCCAAUCUUAAUGUGGACCAGACUGUGGUAACCAGAAUGCAGCUCCCGCCUACACUUGAUGCUUUUACACCUGAUGGUGUCGGUGGGAUGAAGCAUCGAGGACCCAACAACACACAUCUGAAAUCAGCAGCAGCAUGUUGUCCUGCUGCUGCUGCUGCGUGAAGGACAUUUUGGUUUUCAGCGCCCCGUAAACAUUUCUCCUCAUAGCCUGAACUUUUUUUUUUUUUUUUUGUUAACAGCCUUUGUACAAAAUUUGAUUGUAAAGUUGUACAAUAAAAAAAAA